CGUGUCAUCGAUGCUGAAGAGUGAAGAUACAAUUGUCACACCACUCGUUCUGAGUAAUCCUCCAUCACCUUUGGGCCAAAUUUCCAAGGACCACCAGGAGUUUGCUAAAAUGAGAUCAGGUCGACGCACUGGUGCGGGUUAUCGGCUAUCCUCGAGGAUUGACAGCCUUGCUAAGCCGCUGGCUCGGUUGGCCAAACCGUUGAAUCGGCUGAGCGAAGUUGUCCGGGAAACUGACCACCGGAUCCCGUGGUCCAGAAAUCGUCCUAACGUAGCUACUGGAAAAAAUCAAGUAGUAAAUUCGCCGGCUCCACCACCACCACGAAUAAAAACUGCAACAGGUGUGGCAUGUUCUUCUUUGAAUUACAAGGCGUCGGACCACAUUAAAAAACUGGCCAAGCACCGCCCAAAGCCGAAAGUGGUCGACGAAAAGAAAUGCUUCUCGGUGAAGCCAUUGUCGCUUGUUUACAAGCCGUCGCUCCGUAUCCUAGAACUCUCCAAGCCCCGGAUCCACGAAAAGAAUACGUGAUCGUCGCUUACUACAAAUAAUUAAAAUGUAUACCUUGGCAAAAUCUUAAUCAAAUUAUACCUAAAAAAUGUUAAAACCAAACCGAUUUUUAAUUUAAAAUUCAAAUAAUGGUAUCAAGUCAAAUCGAGAAAAACUGGUAUAUAGGGUAAAAAAAAAUAUCUCGC